AUGAAUAUUUUAAUUUGGAACAGUAGAGGAGCCUUAAAACCUUCUUUUCAGACUGAUAUUCAUGAGUUAGCUCGUAGACAUAAUCCUGCUAUUCUUGUUGUGAUGGAGACUAAGUUGGGUGGUAGCAAAGCCAAGGAAGUCUCAGAUAGAUUGCCAUUUGAUGGAGCCAUUCUUACAGAGACGAUUGGUUUCACCGGUGGAUUGUGGUUGCUGUGGAACGAGGACCAAGUGGAGAUUCAGGAGCUUGCAAAAACAGAGCAGGAAAUCCACAUAGAAGUAAAGGUACGUGCCUCAAACCUCUCUUGGAUUUUCUCUGCCAUUUAUGCUAGUCCCAGAAGUGAGAAGGGAUGUAUUCUUUGGAACAAUUUAUCUAAGGUAGCAGAUUUGCAUAAUAAGCCAUGGAUUAUGGCGGGGGAUUUUAAUAAGCCUCUUGUUCAAGAGGAUCAAUUUGGUGGCAGGGGGGUUAGUGUUAAUCGGUCUUUGGCCUUCAAAGAUUGCUUAGAUUUUUGCAACAUGGUGGAUAUGGGAUUUUCUGGUCCAAGGUAUACCUGGACUAAUAAACAGGACAUUAACAAUCUCAUUUUGGAGAGGAUUGACAGAUUUUUCAUGAACCCGGAUUGGUGUGUUCUCUAUCCGGAAGUGAAAGUUUCCCAUCUUCCCCGUUUUCACUCUGACCAUUGCCCGGUUCUAAUGGAGACUUGUCCUGGUAGAGCGGUUCGGCUUAACAGAGAUAGGAAUUUCGCUGAGUCUAUUGAGGUUUUCGCUAAGGAAGCUACUAUUUGGAACAGGGACCAUUUUGGGAAUAUCCACCAGAAAAAGAGAAGAAUCUUGGCUAGAAUCUAUGGUGCUCAAAAAGCUUUGUCCAUUAGCCCUAGUUCAUCCCUCAUUAGUCUUGAAAGCCAUUUACAGAAAGAUUUGGAGAGAGACCGUAAUACAUCCUUUUAUCAUGUUUCUGCCCUAGCUAGAAGGAAAAGGAACCAUAUUUCCUCAAUUAAAGAUGAGAGGGGUUUGUGGUUAACUGAGGAGAGAGAAGUCAUGGAUCAUUUUCGAAGUGGUUUUGUAUCCCUGUACACUACUUCUAUUGAGGUGGUCUCUCAGGCUACAAGUCAUGAUGGCUCUUGGCAAGUGCUGCUGCCCGAGCAAGCCAAGGAGGCUAUUGGUGCCUUGGUCACCCCGGAGGAAAUUAAAGAUGCUUUAUGGUCCAUGAAACCUUUUAAGGCUCCAGGGCCGGAUGGUCUUCAUGCUGGUUUUUCUCCAACGCUUUUGGCUUGUUGUUGGGGAUUUUGUCAAGGAGGAAGUUAG